ACAGAUCUUAUUCUGACCUUCAAUAUUUCAAUGCACCGGUCUUGGUGGAUGGAAAAUGGCCCAGGCUGCACAGUGACAUCUGUGACUCCAGCCCCAGAUUGGGCCCCAGAAGACCAUCGCUACAUCACUGUGUCAGGGUGCAUUCUUGAAUAUCAAUAUAUAGAAGUGGCUCACAGUUCUCUACAAAUCUUUUUUGCA